CUUUUGCCAUCUUACUCAUGACGACGAUUUGAGGGCAGCAGAGGGGGGACACUUGCUGCUCAGUCGUCGCCAUUUCACCGAUCCCGAAGCUGCUCCAUCAUCACACCCCUGAUCGCCCGCCACCAUGGGUGUCCAAGGCCUGUGGUCUCUGCUGCAGCCGGCGGCGAGGCCGAUCAAGCUCGAAGACCUCGAAGGGAAGCGCUUUGCAGUCGACUCGUCCAUCUGGCUCUAUCACUUCAGAAUGGCAAUGAGGGACAAGGAAGGUCGUACACUCUCCAAUGCGCACAUAUUGGGCUUCUUUUGGAGAAUAUGCAAGCUACUCCACUUUGGCCUGAGACCCGUCUUCGUCUUUGAUGGUGGCGCGCCAGUCAUGAAGAGGCAGACGCUGAUUGGGCGCAAGAACCGUAGGCAGGGAGCAAAGGAGUCGCAUGCACUUGCUGCCAAGAAACUUCUCAAUGCCCAGCUGCGUCAAGCUGCCCUGGAGCAUGUCGCCGUUGGAUCGGGAGGGGGGUCAUCGUCCAGGCAGGGUAACGCUGAUGCGGACGGCGACAACGACGAGGGAACGGGAAUGGGCAGCAAUGUCGUCUAUCUGGAUGAUUAUGGCGGCUCAUCAAAUGCUGCCGCUGGCCCUAGCCGGCCAGCAGCUCCUCCUCAACAGGCCCGACUCGAUGGUAGCAGCUCAGCCUCACCGUCCAAGGAAGGCGCAGCGAAGAAGAAGAAGAAUAUCGACUACCAUCGCGACCCAUAUGCGCUACCCAACCUCGACCAGGAUCUUAACACAGUAACAGCCUCGACAAGCGCAAGCGGCAGCGGUCGUGGUGAAGCCGCAGGCUCAAAGAAAGGGCGCCGCCAGGACUUCCGCUUCGCCACAGAUGCUGAGCUGAGACAUCUCGUCUCAUCCAUCACGCCCUCGGACAUCGACAUGUCCUCUCCCCUCUUCCGCUCUCUUCCCUUUGAGCUCCAAUACGAGCUGGUAGGAGACAUGCGUGCUGCAUCACGCGGUACAUCGUACAAGCGUCUGCAGAGCAUGCUGCAGACCUCGCCCACGGCCAUCGAUUUUUCCAAGGCGCAGAUCCAGAAUCUCAAGACGCGCAACGAGCUCACUCAGCGGGUUCUCGAUGUGACAGACGAAAUUGGAGAUGCCCAUAUUAAGGUGCCCAUCAGAGUGGCAGGAGAGCGUAACCGCGAGUACGUGCUAGUGCGUAAGGGCGGGGACGAGACGGGCUUUGUGCUCGGGGUGCGAAAUCAGGAGGGCACUAGUAAGGAAAAGGCCAUCGUGGUGGGGAGCAAUGAGCAAGUCGACGUCUCUUCCGACGAGGAAGAUGACGAAGAAGAUUCCUUCGAGCAGCGCAGACGUCAGCUGGCGCGCAAAAAUUACCGCGACGAGGACGACGACAUCGAGUUGGACGAGGUCGAGGUCCCUCACCAGUCCACCUCAGCCUCUCCUCGCAAGAGUGUCUCACAGUCUCCAUCAUCGCUCAAUGCUUUCCGACCCUCCGACGCCAACAAUCCAGACGUGCGCCGCGCCCUUGCGGAGCAAAUAUUGAGCAGGCGUGCAGAGGAGCAUAUCAGAGAGAAGAUGCGUGAGAGAGGGAUUGUGAACGAGGACGAGGUGCUGGAGGAGCAGCUCAAAGCUGCGAGACAACGACUGAAGGAGGGCGGGAAGGCUGCGGAUCUUUUUCCUGGGGUGGGCAGGGGCGACAAGUCGUCGCGGGCAUCUGCGAGUGGCAGUGUUGGCGGCGAUGCAGCCAUUGCUACUGCGCUUGCGGCAUACUACGAGAAUGACGGCGACGAGGCCAGCGCUGAUGAGACAGACGACGAUGCCGGCGUUGAGAUCGCGGAGAUGACGCAAGAUCUGUCUGCGACAGAGAGGCGUACUCGUCGUGUGCAGCGACCCGCGAACGGAGAAACAAUCGCGAUCUCUGACGACGACGAGGCAGGAUCAUUGGACGACGUAGAUGCAGACGUGCCGUUGGAGAGCUUCAGCGCUGACCAGUACGCCGGUGCUCUUGGUGAAACUGGGACGGCGGAUCAGCCGUCGGAGGGCUUCAGCGUCGACGACUAUGCAAGCGCGUAUGGCGGCGGAGGAAACGUCGAUCAGACCGCUGCUGACGAGGAAAACAUCGAGAUGGAGGACGUCCAGCCUGAGGCCAGCGCGGCGCGAGAGCAGGACGACACAGCCAUCCGAGAGAAGGAGUCGACGCUUCGCCCAUCUGGUGACCCGUCCGGGCCUGUUCUUGGCUUCCGACGUUCAGACAGACCUGGCCUGCCUGGUCGCCUUGAUCCGAAGCUCUUUGAGCGGCGCAAGUGGUACGACGGACAAGCAGAGGAAGAAGAGGACGUUCCAGGCCAAUCAAGCAAGUCUCCAUCGAAGAUGAGCUCUGUAGCCAGCCCUGCGAAGAGUCUUGCGUCAGAGGUCACUCAUCCGCGUAUCAAGCAGUCCGAAAGCCCCAGCCCGUUGAAGAGACCGCCAGGCGCCCCAGCCAAAAAAGCAGCAAUGUCAUCGUCGCCUCUGAAGACAAGCGCCGCUCACCCGAGGGGCAAGAUGGCGGACUCACCUAGCCAACUGAAAGCCACGCCGCUGCGUGCAAGUCCUAGCAAGUUGCCACCAGCCGAUUUAGUGUUCAAGAAGCCAGAAGCUCGAUCGAUCAAACCAGCUCUCAAGGAUCAGCAGCCAGAAAUCGGUACAACAAAGACCAAAACAGACGAGGCGGGCCGUGCAGAGCCGGACAUGGAGCCCUUGCCCAAGAACGAUGACCUGGCGGCAACUGCGAUGCUCAACGACCACAGUCCGCGAGCAUCUGCCGAGCUCGAGCAGAAGGGUGAGCAGAAAAAUAGCCCAGCGUCACCGGCCGCCGCUGAGGUUGUGGACGCCCCAGCCGCUCCUGGGCCUGCGGUCAAUCUGCCUAGCGAUAAGCUGGCACAGGCGGCUGCUGGUGUUGAGGAGGAAGAGAUCACAGCGCCGUCGCCUCUUCAAUCAGGGGAACAGGAGAAGGAGAUGUCGGAAGCAAGCGGCAAGACGACAGUCUCGCCGACGCAGGCGUCUGGCGCUCAAGCUUCGCGCUCGUCCUCGCUCUCCCCGAUCCCGGCAAAUGCGACCCUGGACAACGACGUCUCUACUGUCAAGGAAAGAGGCAAAGUCGCAGAAGUCAGCCCGCAGCGCCGUCGCUCCCCCUCGCUCGACUCAGAUGGUGGCUCGCCGAUUGAGUGGUCUGCAAGCCCCUCACCCGAGCCACCCACGCUUGGUGCCGACGGCUUUCCUUUGCCAACUGCCGAAGAGCUCGAGCAAAUGGACGUCGAGUACGAGGAAGAGGCUCAAGCAAUGCGAGCUGACCAAAGCGACAUCGCUGCUUUCAUCAGUAACACCAAAGGUCAAGGGCUCAUCGAAGCGCAAGCCCAGCUAGCACGCGAGGUCCAAGCAUUGAAAGCCGAGCAUGUCAACACGAAGAAGAGUGAAGAGGAGAUUACCCGCCAGAUGGCCAGCGAGAUUCAGCUCAUGCUGCGCCUCUUCGGCUUGCCAUACAUCACCGCCCCUAUGGAGGCUGAAGCGCAGUGCGCUGAGCUUGUCAGUCAGAAAUUGGUCGACGGAAUCAUCACCGAUGAUUCGGAUGUGUUCCUCUUCGGAGGCACGCGGGUGUACAAGAACAUGUUCAACAACAACAAAGUGGUGGAGUGUUUCCUACUCUCCGACAUCCAGCGGGAGCUUGGUCUCGAUCGCGAGAAGCUGGUGCGCUUGGCCUACCUACUCGGCUCUGACUACACCGAAGGCCUGCCGAGCGUUGGGCCGGUGGUCGCAAUGGAAGUCCUUUCGCUCUUCACUGGGCCGGAUGGGCUGUUGCGCUUCAAAGAUUGGUGGAUGAAGGUCCAGAGCGGCAGAGACACGCCGGACGACACGAGGGGGAAGACGAUGCGACGUAUCAAGAAGACGCUGGCGAACAAGGUGCAUCUGAGUGAAGACUGGCCGAACGCAAAGGUGCUCGAUGCCUACUAUGAGCCCGAGGUGGACUCGUCCGACGAGCCCUUCCAAUGGGGUCUGCCCGACCUGGACAAUCUGCGCACUUACCUCGGCGAGUACCUUGGCUGGCCGACGACAAAGACAGAUCAGUACGUCGUCCCUGUUAUCGAGGCGCAGAGUCGUCGCUCAAGGGCGAGGGGCGGGGCGAACCAGUCGACGCUGGACCGCAACGGAUUUUUCGACGUCUCGGCGGGUACGGGAGUCUAUGCGGGAAGACAGCUCCCCAAGUACGGAUCGUCUCGCUUGCAGAACGUGGUGGACGGGUUCAGACAGGCCAAUAAGCGCGCGGCUGCGGCAGCACCCGCUUCUACAUCACCAGCAAAGGGGGACGCGGGCGCGCAGGGUGAUGGAGACGACUUUGAGGUGAUCGCCGGCCCCUCAGACGCAUCAACGCGGGCGCAGCAUGUGCCAGAGGAGAAGAUCGGCAAGGCCAUGGGCGCCUCGAGGCCCAUUGUGCGGCGAGAGCAGAUGCGCACAACCAAGAGGGAUGCACAGCGUGAGCUCGAUGCCAAUAUUGCCGCGCUUGAGGGCGAAGGCGCGGACAAAGCGGAGGCUACAGCCGGCGCCAAAGGGAAGGGUAAGGGUGGCAGGCAGCGCACGAAGCGCGGAAGGAAGACGGCGCAGCAAGACGUUGAGGACGAGGAGGAGACAAUGAGCUCCGAUACUUCAUCGGAGGAAGACAAUGACGAGGACGGCGACCAGGAGUACGUUGCCUCGAGUAAAGGCAAACAGCGUCAGACGGUUGGAGGCAAGAAAGGUGCCACCACGGCGAGGGGCAGAGGUAGAGGAGCGGCUCGAGGACACAGCGGCGUUGCGCGGGGCCGUGGACGAGGUCGUGGACGUGGUGGCGCUGCUGCUGCUAGUGGUGGGUCGGCUGCAGGAGCAGGCGACGACGAUGAAGACAGAGCAGCAUCAGCGCCUGCCGACGAUGGUGACGCUACCGCCUCACCAGGCGAGACUGGCGCAGAAGCCCCCGCAAAGAAACGUCAACGCCGCUCUGGACCGCGCGAAUCAGCCCUCACCGUCCCUCAGCAGCACGAGCGGCGGCAACGCAAACAUCCUCAUCUACAUGCUGGACGUACAAUGCGACUGGAUGGGCCUAUGCCAGAGAGCAUUGGUGAACCUCUCGGUCGGCCAAGGCGAGCGUCGAGCUCUACUAGUGGUGGGAGUAGCAGGAGUAGGAGCGGCAGCGUGCAUAGCCCGAUGAGGAGCGCUUCGAACUCAACCUCGCGGCCUGGCAUGCAGAGAACUGGCUCGUCUAGGAGGAUCGAGAUUGAGUUGAGGAGCGAUGAGGAGGAUGAGGAGUAGGUAGCGAGCGAAAGUUCUUUCUUCUAUCAAUCUGUAGCAUCUCUCAACCCCGCAAGCAUUCACGUGAAUAUCGUCUGGUCGCCUUCUGCAUCUCAUCCUCGCAAUACCCCCAGUAGCUCAUGCCUAGCUCCUAGCGCGCAACCGAUCGUCCUUUGCUUCAUCUCCAC